AUAGGGGGGAACGCUCUCGCUUUGCCGCCUUACUCUUGGAUGUCUCAGUCACAUCAAAGAUUCAUCUCGUCUGCUUUAACAUCUGCGCUCGUGUCUCAAAGCCUUUUUUGCUGCCAAAUGUCUCAUUUAUUUCCGCCUGAUGGAUUGUACGUUAUGACGUUGAUAUUUUGAUCAACCGAACAAUCAGGAGUAUGGGCAAAGUCCAGUCCAAACUUGUUUCGAAACGCAGACAGAGUCCUGAAGGUGGUAGUUUGGUUUCCAAUGUGCUGACCUGUCAAAGCGACCUGGAGCGCAUCCACAAAACCAAACUGACUGAGAGCCUGUACGUAGAAUUGAGGGCCAACAGGUCGGGCCGUAACUGCAACCUUGAAGUUGUUCUGCCACCAAAGAAGACACGCCAUGGAAGUAAAGGCAUCCACUUCCGGGUCCAUAAACAAGUCAAUAAGAGGAACAGCCAUGCUGAUGUUACAAAGUGUCACAUGGUGCCUGAUGAGGACACCCAGCGGGAGUGGGUCUUUACACUGUACAACUUUGACAACAGUGACAUGGUCAACCCAGAAGACAUGACCAGUCUGAUGCAUUCCAUGUAUGAGGUUCUAGAGGCGUCGGUCAAGCCGCCUUGCGGUGGCCGCACACCCUUGAAGAUAAAGCUAGUUGUCACUCCGUCAGCUGACCCCGAGAGCAUCUUACAAAUAGCAACCGAGAAGGAGCAGAGUGCGUUGUCUCAAGAUUCGGGAAACCAAGGGAGAAGUUGUUAUUGCGUGGAUGAAAACAUAGAGCGCCGAAACCACUACCUGGAUCUAGCUGGCAUUGAAAACUAUACCUCCAAGUUUGACAAUACAGAACCUCUCUCUCAUGAGCCCAGUAAGGAUAAUCACUCUGCCCCUAAGCACCACCCUGUGGUGAUCAGAGAGAGGUACGUCUCCCCUGGGUCUCCCAGAGGCCUCUCUGUCCCUCCUUCCCUGAAAAGCAAGGCCGUGUCAGUUGGGAAAGACAGAAAUGGAGGACAGGGAAAGUCUUGCCGAUUACAUGGUCAACUCCCGGCCUCAAGCGGCCGUCCUUCCCAGCCUGCAGCCCACAGCGUCCUGCAACGUAGUCACAGCAAGAGGGUGCGCUCCAGGGUACCAGAGGCCCCCCGCUCCACACCAGGGGGAGAUAAGGAAAUGUUUUCCAUUCUUCAGUCCCCUCGAGCACAGAGACACGAGCACCAUCACCACCAUGAUCACCACCAUCAUCAUUAUUAUCAUCAUCACCACCACCACCCUUGGGGAAAUGAAUUUUAAUGCAUUUGAGGCAGUUGGGAAGAGGUGGCGUAGACUGUCUACCUGAAAUCCCAUUAAUCAUUUCUCAGUUCAAUCAGACAAAGCCCAUGCUUUGUUUUUUCACCUUUCUUUUAUGCCUGUGAUAACUUUUACCCAAUAACGGAAAGACAACUACUAUUUGCAAUAUAUUCUGCACUGACCACAGUGUAAUGUUUUAUUAUAUGUGUUUUUAAUCCCUGCCCGAAUUAUGCAUUAUGGCCUCAAGAGACCACAAUGCAUUGCAGCCAUGUGGUGUAUUUUGAUAGCAGCAAAAUGCCAUUUUAUAAGAAAAAAGUAAAUGUACCAAAAAAGGAGAUAUUUAUCUCAUCAUCAGCUGCCUUCUCAAAUGUAGUCAAUGUUACAAACUGAUUUGAUUCUGUAUCCUAGUCAUAGAUUUGAUUGUUUCCGUAUUGCCGUUUCUACUCUCACAGCCUUGUUGUCUUCAAGCCUUGUUGUGAGUGUAGGCCUCACAAAGAGGAGGUAGUGACACGUUUCCCAGUGGCAUUCAGAU